CCGGAGAGCCGCGGCGCUCGCGGACUGCUGGAGGGGUUACCUGCGGCAGGUGCUCCAGGCAGACCCAGAAGAGAGAGGACUGGCACGGGGCCAGGCACUACGAGGAAGAUGCUGCGCGAGCGGACGGUGCGGCUGCAGUACGGGAGCCGCGUGGAGGCGGUGUACGUGCUGGGCACGUACCUCUGGACCGAUGUCUACAGCGCAGCCCCAGCCGGGGCCCAGACCUUCAGCCUGAAGCACUCGGAGCGCGUGCAGGUGGAGGUGGUGCACGACAGGCAGCCUGAGGAGGUGGCCGCCGACGGCAAGCAGCGCUGGCCUCUCUCGCCCAGCACCACGCUGCGGCUCACCAUGAGCCAGGCGAGCGCCGAGGCCAGCAGCGACAAGGUCACCGUCAACUACUAUGAGGAGGAUGGGGUCACCCCCAUCGACCAGGCUGGGCUCUUCCUCACGGCCAUUGAGAUCUCCUUGGAUGUGGAUGCAGACCGGGAUGGCGUGGUGGAAAAGAACAACCCAAAAAAGGCAUCCUGGACCUGGGGCCCUGAGGGGCAGGGAGCCAUCCUGCUGGUGAACUGUGACCGAGACACACCCUGGUUGCCCAGAGAGGACUGCAGCGAUGAGAAAGUCUACAGCAAGGAAGACCUCAAGGACAUGUCCCAGAUGAUCCUGCGGACCAAAGGCCCCGACCACCUCCCCACCGGAUACGAGAUCGUUCUCUACAUUUCCAUGUCGGACUCGGACAAAGUGGGCGUGUUCUACGUGGAGAACCCGUUUUUCGGCCAGCGUUAUAUCCACAUCCUGGGCCGCCGGAAGCUCUACCACGUGGUCAAGUACACGGGCGGCUCUGCUGAGCUGCUGUUCUUCGUGGAAGGCCUGCGUUUUCCCGACGAGGGCUUCUCGGGCCUGGUCUCCAUCCACGUCAGCCUGCUGGAGUAUAUGGCCGAGGAGGUCCCCCUGACACCCAUCUUCACGGACACCGUGACAUUCCGGAUUGCUCCGUGGAUCAUGACCCCCAACACCCUGCCUCCUUUGUCGGUGUUUGUGUGCUGCAUGAAGGACAAUUACCUGUUCCUGAAAGAGGUGAAGAACCUGGUUGAGAAAACCAACUGUGAACUGAAGGUCUGCUUCCAGUACAUGAACCGGGGAGAUCGCUGGAUCCAGGAUGAAAUUGAGUUUGGCUACAUCGAGGCCCCCCACAAAGGCUUCCCUGUGGUUCUGGACUCCCCCAGAGAUGGAAACCUGAAGGAUUUCCCAGUGAAACAGCUCCUGGGCCCAGAUUUUGGCUACGUGACCCGGGAACCCCUCUUUGAGCCUGUCACCAGCCUUGAUUCCUUUGGGAACCUAGAGGUCAGUCCGCCAGUGACCGUGAAUGGCAAGACAUACCCCCUGGGCCGGAUCCUCAUCGGGACCAGCUUUCCUCUGUCUGGUGGUCGGAGGAUGACCAAGGUGGUGAGGGACUUCCUGCAGGCCCAGCAGGUGCAGGCACCCGUGGAGCUCUACUCGGACUGGCUGACCGUGGGCCAUGUAGAUGAGUUCAUGACAUUCGUCCCCAUCCCAGGCACAAAGGAAUUCCGGAUGCUCAUGGCCAGCACCUCGGCCUGCUACAAGCUCUUCCGAGAGAAGCAGAAGGAGGGCCAUGGGGAGGCCAUCAUGUUCAAAGGCUUGGGCGGGAUGAGUAGCAAGCGCAUCACCAUCAACAAGAUUCUGUCCAACGAGAGCCUCGUGCAGGAGAACCAGUACUUCCAGCGCUGCCUGGACUGGAACCGCGACAUCCUCAAGAAGGAGCUGGGGCUGACGGAGCAGGACAUCAUCGACCUGCCUGCCCUCUUCAAGAUGGACGAGGACCGCCAGGCCAGAGCCUUCUUCCCAAACAUGGUGAACAUGAUUGUGCUCAGCAAGGACCUGGGCAUCCCCAAGCCAUUUGGGCCCCAGGUUGAGGAGGUGUGCUGCCUGGAGACACAUGUGCGCUCCCUGCUGGAGCCCCUGGGCCUCUGCUGCACCUUCGUGGAUGACAUCUCCGCCUACCACAAAUUUCUGGGGGAGGUGCACUGCGGCACCAACGUACGCAGGAAGCCCUUCACCUUCAAGUGGUGGCACAUGGUACCCUGACCUGCAGGGGGCUGUUGUGUGCCUGUCACAGCCCAUCAACAACCAGUGUUGAGGCUGGACCAACCCUUGUGGUUUUUAUUAUGAUUGCAAAAUGCGCUUCAGCAAUAACUAUCAGGAAACUUGGGGGGAGACGUUUAUUACUUUUCAUUUUAUUUUUACUUACAGGACCUGGAAAUAACCUGGCACACCUGGGGCCACACAGUGAGGUCAUGGGGAGAGAGAGAGAGAACCCACGGAACUGGGGUUCUGCUUUUAUGGGUGAGGGUGAGGGCCUAGGAUUUCAAGGGCUCACUCUUUAUUGGUGAAUUUAAAGCAUAAGAGUGGGAAUUUAAAGCGAGGAAAGAGGAAAAAGGCAGGUGGCCCAAAUGGUCAGUUAUCAAAAGCAAUCAAGAUCUCUAAAAGAAAGGAGCCUCAGUGGGGGGAGGCGGCCUGGCUCUUCAUCUAGUUGUGUGGCUGGCAACGUGUUUACUCAAGAUCGCCAUGUUUGAAGUGGAUGUUUAGCAAUCAUAGCUGAGUCAGGCCCUCGUAUUAGAAGAAGGAGAAAAUCUGACUGUCAGGGUUCACACUACAGGGGCCUGGGCACCUCCCUCCUUCCUUGAGUUCUCCAGACUCUUCACACCCCCAGAGAAUCCCCCUGCCUGACGUGGACUGGAGGCCGCGUCCUCCAGACGCGGGGAGGGGAUUUGAGAUAUCUGUGCCUUGCCUUCCCUCAGAAGGGCCUCAGGGUCCACGAAGUCACCCCCUGAGCCUCCUUGCUGUCCUUUCCGAAAAUAGCUGGACAUUUGGCCAGUGUCUGUAUAGCCCUGACGUGAAAAACAAAACAAAACAAAAACCGCUUUACCCAAACCCUUCCCCAAAGAAUCUUUAGUCUCUUGUCCAAAACUGAAUGAGGGGAGAAGGGAAGGAGGUUCUGGGAUGACCAGUUGUCCCUGUAGCCAUGCCUUGUGGGUCAAGGUAGAUGGCAUGGAAAGGGAUUCUGGAACCCCAGAUGUACCUUGAACUGUCAUCAUCCUUUGAAAUUCACCUCCCUUGGCCACCUGGACACCCCCAAUUAUUCAUUCCUUAACAGCCUCUGUCAAAUCCCCUUGGCUUUCCCUCUGCCGUGUAGACACGGUUGGCUAGCCUCCUUAGACUUGGACUCCCUGAGGGUCCAGUAAUUGAGCUUACAACCUUCCCUGGAAGUGGACUUUAUCAGAGCAGCCUUCCCUGUUUACAAGAUUCUUAUGCUGCUUCUUUCUCAUGGACCCAGGCUCUCCCAGAUGCUUGGGGGUUGCUCCCCACACCAGCAUCCUUGUGGCCUGAGAGUUCACUGUAUCAAGAUGCUCCAGGGUGAGCCAGAUCCAUCUUCUCUUGCUGGGUCCUUGAUUCUCUGGCCAGUCCCUGACCUCCCUCCUCUCACAGCCUCCACUUCCUAUUCCAAUGCCGUCUCUCCAGACAGCUAGACAAGGACUUCUUCCCCACCAGCCAGGCUCAGACCUUCCCCCAGGACACAGUGAAAGACCUGCCUCUCCUCUCCAGACCUCAGAUCCAACACAUAAAGACCCUGUCCUAACCUCCAGCCUGAACAGCCAGUUCUGGGCCAGCUGCUGGCCUUAGAGACGGAUUGAUUAUCCCAUUGAAGUUUCUCAGUACAUUUGCUGAAGACCCUCGCAUUUGGACAUAAUCAGAUUCAUUCUCUGGCUCCAACUGAAAAGACUCAGUUUCAGCUAAAAAAAAUUCCUUUAAGGCCAGCUGAUUGAGGAGAAUAAGUGAAUUAUAAUUCCACUUUGAGGGUUAGAGAGGAACUGAUAUAUAACCAAUGAAAAGGUGGUAAAUGUGUAUUCUUAGAGAAUGGGAUUUUCUUCUUGGAUUAUUCAGUCAUUCAGCAAACAUAUACUGUAUGCCUCCUAAGUGCCAGGCACAGUGGUGGGCCCCGAGGACACAGUGCUUAGUAGCAAACUGCAUCUGGCCCCUGCCUCACAGAGCCGGUCAGUUCCCAGCCUGAGAUGCCCACACUUAAAUGGCCAGCAUUUGCCCUUUCAGGGAUGCGCUCUUGAGAAAUACCAAUUCGCUAUAUUCAGGAGAUGCACAGGACACAGAGCUUCCAGCAAGUCCCUAUCUCAGUGAAAUGAGGGAGUUGGGUCUUCUUUAAACAGGCCUCCUUCCCAUCCAGCUGGGCCAGUACCACCUAACAGAUCAGACCCCAGGGCCUUCAGAAGCUGUUGUCCCCCCCUUUGGGGACAGUGGCUCCUGCCUUUGGGGGCCAAAGCCCCAGAUCUCUCCAACCCCAGAGCUGAAGACACCAAGUGCCUAUUUGUGGAUGUUUAUCUGCAGACUUAGACUUUGGGGUGUGUGUGUGUGUGUGUGUGUGUGUGUGUGUGUGUUUGGUUAAUAUGGGUUUUGGGGCCUUCUUUCAUUUUUUUCUAGUCUGCCUUAAAGGGAAGUGAGUGCUUCCCAGGUGGAGACAGUGUGUGUUUCUAGAUUUUUCUAAGCCUCUCCCCAUCAAUAAGUCAGUAACUUCUGAUGAUUCUGGAGCCCCCAGGACUCACUCAUUCCCAUCUUGCUUGCCCACUCAUGUGACUACCCUUGGCACGGACAUGUCCCCCAGUCCCCCCUGGACUCAUCAGUCUUCCCCACCCACCAUUUUCUAUAAAUGUAGACCUAGAAUACACUUGUGUGUUGCAAAACUCAGCUAAGUUCCUGUUUCAAUCUUUAUUUUGAAAUAUUUUGUAUAAGAGAGCAGGGGGUAUCAUGAAGAUGGCAAGAAGCGGGGCACAGUUUCAGCUUUCUGGACGAGGGGCCAUGCUGGAGAUCAAAAGACGUUUGGGGAAGAACCUGAGUAAACAGCAAGAAAAUAAAUGGUCAGAUGGGAAGUCA